ACUUCAUGAGCCUACUAAUUCAAUCUGUCAAAAAAAAAACUAGUAUGUCAAUUUGACGAAAAUGGUGUUUGUUCCUGCAAUGCAAAACAUUGAACCCAAUUUUUUUUAGCAAGUAGAAACCUUAUCAAAACUAAACAUCAAAGAUUCGUGAUUUCGAUGAUAGUGAUACUAUUUGGUUUCAUGAUUUAAAACUGUUUUGUCUUCUACCUAUGGAAGAUCUUUGUUGCCGCGCAAUCAAUCUACGCUGUGUGCGUUCCCUUUAUUUUACAUGAUAAUUUUACAUAUUUAAAUAAGUUUUAAGAACAAAAUUUAUAUCUUUAUCGUUUUAAAGAAAAGUAAAAUUAAUGAUCCACUCAAUGUAGUAUUUGAUUCAAUGUGGUAAAGUUAAACUUACCCUUGCUAUUUUAACAUCGUAUAUUAUUAACAACAAAAGCUACGAAAUGCAAGGUGAUGAUCCACCAUACCUACCUGUAGGAACUGAUGUUAGUGCAAAGUAUAAAGGUGCUUUUUGUGAAGCAAAAGUAAAGAAGGUGGUACGCAACAUUAAAUGCAAGGUAACUCUCAAAGCUGGAGGAAUAACAACAGUAAAUGAUGAUGUUAUAAAAGGAACUUUAAGGGUUGGGAGCACAGUGGAAAUAAAACAAGAUCCUAAAAAAGAUCCAAUUGAAGCAGUUAUCACAAAGAUACAAGACUGUAGCCAGUAUACAGUUGUUUUUGAUGAUGGUGAUAUAACAACUUUGCGUAGAUCAGCAUUAUGCCUUAAAAGUGGAAGGCAUUUCAAUGAAAGUGAGACAUUGGAUCAGUUGCCUCUUACACAUCCAGAACAUUUCUCAACUCCUGUAAUAGCUGGUAGGAGAGGAAGACGUGGAAGGGCCCAGUCUGAGGAGAGUGAGGGCGAGGGCCCGACUCGACGUGUAAAAGCAGACAGUGCGGAACGCGAGCCGCAUGUGGGCCGUGUUGUGCUUGUCGAAGCUGCUAGUGGGGCGGAGCGCCGGCGUCCCCACCAGCCUGCCUUCCCUGCUUUAGUUGUAGCGCCCACUGCACAAAUAAAGGUUAAAGAGGACUAUCUGGUGCGCUCCUUUAAAGAUGGGAGAUAUUAUACAGUGCCUAAGAAAGAGGCACGGGAAUUCCGCAAAGGCAGUGCUCCCCUCGAAUGGUGCGGUGUAGAAGCUGCUUUACAGUACCUAAAUAAUGGGGUCCUUCCACCACACUGGGACAGAGAUUCAUUGUUCAAUGAACCUCGAAACACUUCAGAUGAUAGUUCUGAUGAUGAACCUCGAGAGGAAAAGGAUCAUUUUGUGGCGCAACUAUACAAGUUUAUGGAUGAUCGAGGAACACCUCUCAACCGAAACCCCACUAUUGCCAAUAAAGAUAUUGAUCUUUAUAGACUAUUUAGAGUUGUACAAAAACUUGGAGGCUAUAAUAGAGUUACAAAUCAAAAUCAAUGGAAAACAAUUGCUGAUAAGAUGGGAUUUCAUCCUGUUACAACAAGCAUCACUAAUCUCUGUAAACAAGCAUAUAAAAAGUUCCUGCACAGCUUCGAGGACUUUUACCGCAAGCUGGGCGUGACGCUGGUGGCGCACCCGCGCGGCGCGCGCACGCCGCCCGCCGGCCGCAGCCUCAUCCGCGACCGCGACAAGCUGCCGCCCGCGCCCGCCACGCCCCCCGCCACGGCCACCACGCCCGUCAACACCCCGGCGCCUCGUACAAAAGAUAAAGAUUCCGAUAAGAGCGAAACUGACAAAAGUGAAAAAGACGAAAAGGUGGAUAAACCAAAAGAGAAACCCCACGCUAGCGAUGAAGAAGACAGUGCUGACAAUCAGCCUUUAGUGCCAACCUGCACUACACCCAAGCCCGAGAAGGAAAAAGAAAAGGAAAAAGAAAAAGAAAAAGACAAAGAGAAGGAGAAAGAGAAAGAAAAGGAGAAAGAUAAAGAUAAGAGUUCAACAACGAGCGAAGAAAAAGCCCCAAUAAAAUCUAGAUCGCUAUCAAAGACUAGAAGUCUACCACCAGUCAAGAGUGAGUCGCAUGAGAAGAGAACACCGAAACGACGACCUCUCUCCUCCAAAUUAAGUGAAAGUGGAGGUGCGAGUGCAUCCCGCGCAUCCCGACGCCCACACGUUUCAACCGACAGCGAUAGCUCUGGGAGAGCGUCUCGAUGUGGUCUUACUAAGAAAAUGCAAAGUCGAAGAAGCCAAAGCGCAAAUUCUGCCAGCAGCGGUAACACUAUAGCAUCUAACAGCAGUAAGCGACCACGUAAACGAAAGACUACAGAACCCUCUACUGGUGAACCAACUCGUGCAGGAAAUUCAAAUGUGAAAGCGCAAGUUGGAGACAAAUUAAAAGUGUACUAUGGGCCAACACAAUCUGAAUCUAAAGUUACAUAUGAGGCCAAAGUGAUAGAGAUAUCCGCUGAGGGAAUGCUGCGCGUGCACUACACGGGCUGGAACACGCGCUACGAUGAGUGGAUCAAGCCGCAGCGUAUCGCGCUCAACGUCACCCAACAUGACGCUCGCAAUAAGAAGAGCACUGGUGCAAGCAGGCGAGCAAGAAGCAAGAGGUCUGAAGGUACAUCUGUACGAUCAGAUAGUGAUAGUGAUUCCGACAGCGAUGUGGAUGUAAAGAGACCACCCAAAAAGUCAGAUGACAAAUCAAAUCCAAAAACUCCAUUACGCACAAAAGAUGCCAAAUCAAGUGAUAGCAGCAGUUCAAGCAAGCCAAGAAAAAGGCCUGUCAGGACGGUAUCUACACCAACAAACACAUCCCCAGCAAAGAAACCGCGAAUCAGCACUACACCUCAGCACCAAGGGCGGGACUACGAUCUAAAUGAAAUCAGAUCUGAACUAAAGGGUCUCCAAACUGUCAAACAAGAACCCGAAGAAAAUAUGAAGACCGAAACAAUACCAGCAGAAAGUGAGGAAAACCAACCUUCUACAUCCAGUUCGGAACUUCCACAGGAAGAAAAACAGGCAGAGGACGUUUAUGAGUUUAAAGAACCUGAACCUUUCGAACUUGAAUUGCAUGAUGAAAAGAAGAAAAGAACCCAUCGCAUAUUUGAUGACAUUUCACCUACAAAGUAUACUUCAACAUUAAAUAAAUCACUAAGUGAAGAAAUAUCAGAAGAUGCACUCAGACCUAGAGCUUCUUCGUUUAGAUCGCCUUCGUUAUCGCCGUUUAGAGAAUUUGGUUCUACUCGAGAUGCUGCUGGUAGACAAAGUCCCGAAGAAGAUUCCAAAGACGGUCUGUUUUCUUUAGAUGACGACUCUUUGCCUGGUGAAGGAAGCUCUGGCCCUAUUUUUGAAGGAUUCACCCCUGCUAAAAAUCAAGAAACUUAUUCUAAGAAAAGUAAAGUUACGAAAUUACGAGAAUUAAUUGAUGAUUCUCCAGAAAGCCCUGCUGACGAUGAACGCUCAUCCGAGGAUGAACGCGAAGUUAGCAUUAAAGAAGAAGGCCGACGAGAAAGUCCUAUUACGCCGCAAUUAGAAAUAGUUAGUAGUGAAGAAGUGGUCAAGGAAGAGAUAAUAGAGCAAGAGCCCAGUAAAGAAGUACAAGAUGCAAUUACUCUUCUCAGAGAAUUACCACCUAUAGAAUCUAUCCCAAUGCCUCCCAACACACCACCACCGCAAAGUAAACCUGAAAUACCAAGUACUUCAGUCACAUCUCCUAUUGAAGAUAGAGAAGAAGAGGAAGAACUUAAAGAUGAAAAAGCUAUACUCGAUCAAACUGAUCUUCUAUCCAUUCCUCUUCCAAGUUCUGAACCUAAAGAGAUAUCAAAAAUUAAAAUUGAAAAGUUAGAUCCCGAUCUUACGUUACCUAAAUUAGACGCUCCAUCCAGUCCCAUUGACACAGAAGAAGAUAAAUCAGAACCCGAUAGUCCCGCAAGGAUAGAUGUCUUACCUGAACCUCCUCCUGGUUUCUUGUUACAAUCGGAAGGUCCAAAAAUAGCUGAAAAAUUGCUUAAAGCUAUCAACAGUGCUAAACGUCUAUCCAUGUCGCCACCACCGACUGAAGAUCGACCAAUCACACCUAAAAAAGAUAGUAUACCAAUAAAGACACCUGAAGAGAAAAUUUCUCCUGUACCUCCUGAAAUUAGGAUGCCAACGCCUAAAGCAGAAUUGCUGAAACCUAUUACUAAGAUUGAGACCAUUAAAAGGCUGAGUCCAGAAGAAAUAAAAGAUUCUAUAUUUGGCGAACCAUCUGUUAUGACUGAUUCAAAACGCGAUGUAGCUGCUGAUGUUAAAAAAGUUAAGCCCAAGGAAACGUCGCCGCCAAGAUUGCAGAGUCCUUUGAGUAUAUUAGAGCGGCGAAAGAGUGUAGCAGAUUUACCUCUGGGGGCGGGCAAGAAUAAUAAAGUACUCAGUGACACCAUACAAAAACUUUCCAGUCAGAUAAACCAAUCAGUUUCGGCGGCUACCAUACCGAUACAGCCGUAUCAGCCUGAAGACAGGAGUGAGUCUACUGAUUCCGAUGACUCGGAUAGACGGUUGAUAAUAGACAAGUUGUCGGUGGAAGAGUGGGGCAGCGGCAGCGGCAGCGGCGCGAGCGGGCGCGCGGAGAGGGGGGAGCGGGCGGAGCGGGGCGCGCGCGGGCCGCACGCGGGCAAGUCGCCCGGCGAGUGGAGCGCCGGCGAGACGCUGCUCAUGCUGGAGGACGCGUGCAAGAACGAGCGGAAGCAUAGCGCCAGUGUGGUGGUGGCGGGCGGCAGCCGCGCAGCGGGCGGCGGCGCGGCUGUGGCGGCGGGCGCGGCGGCGGGCACAGCGGGCGCGGCGGGCCCGGCGGGCGAGGAGGACAGCAACCUGUCGCUGCUGCUGUGCGAGGAGACCAUCCCCGGGUCGCCGGCGCCCGACGCGGAGCCGGCGCCGCCGCGCCACGCGCUGCACCUGCCCUUCGCGUGCGCUCCGCCGCACCACGAGCGCUCUAAGGCAGAGGAGCGCCGCAGCUCGACGGGCGCGCGCGAGGUGCGCGACGCGGGCGCAGAGCAGCGGGAGGGCGAGGGGCGCGCGCGCGAGGGCGAGGGCGGCGGGGACGCGGGCGGCGGGGGCGCGGGCGCGGGCGCGGGCGCGGGCGGGGGCGCCGGCGCGGGGCGGGAGGCGCGCGAGCACGAGCCGUGGCCGCGCCGCCACGCGCUGCUGGACAACACGCCGCCCACCACGCCCGACAGCAGCCUGGACCUCUCGCCGCAUCGGGAACGUCGAAUAUCAGAAAGAGACAGUCCCUCCGAAAGAAAGGAUGACGAGGAGGACAGCAGACCUCCGGACUCUUGUGCACUUGAUAUUGAUAAGCCACAUGGCAGCGGACGGUCGCGCCUCGCGUCGGAGAGCUCGCUGGGCGCGCGCGUGCGCGUGCGCCGCUCGCGCCGCGACACCGACGACCACCACGCGCCGCUCAAGUACAACUUCUAUGUGGACCUCGACCCCACAUGGGAUUGCCAGUCCCGUAUCAAACUGUUGAUGUCGCGGAUGGCUGACUUGCGCAAGGCGUACCAUUCGGUGAAGGCCGAAUUGGCGGCCAUUGACCGACGGAGAAAGAAACUACGGAGGAAGGAGAGAGAGGCUGUCAAAGCAGCCAAAGCCGCGUGCUCAUGAUUCGACAAGUCUGCCUGGUGCAGAAAUUAUAUUCCGAAGACUUCAGUUUAUUCGUUAUAGAAUAAACAUAACUCAAGCACACUCUCACACAAUAUCUCGUUUACGUUAUUUAAGAGAUAAAAUAAAUUUCGGUGUUUUAAUGAUUAAUAAUUAUAAAUAAAAGUAUGUUUUACAACUUUGAACUCUAUAUUUUAUUGUUAUUAUUUGACACAAUUAAAGUCAUAAUUUAAUAAAUAUGCAUUUUUUGCUUUAAUUUCUGUUUGGAUUUUAUAUUUAUUGUAAAUACAAGUAAAUAAUUUAUAAACAACUGAUGUUUACUGCGAGUAUAAUCUAUAGACCUGUAUUAUUAACAAUUUUGAUUUAAAUCAAUAAAGGUAGUGGUAUGAUACUUGAA